AUGUUGCUCAACUUUAUUAUUUUCGAAAUAAAAUGAUAUAAGAUCACCUCAUCCUAUUCAUAUAAAAUCAAAGCUAGAUUAAUAAAACUAUUCUCAUAUAGUUUUUUCUGUGUAAAACCUUAUCUUAAAUUUUAUAACAAAAAAUCCAAAAAAUAUUUAAAUUUUAGAUUUAUUCUGGCUUGUCUUAGGCUCUGCAAAAACAGGACCUAUAAUCAUAAUAAAAUGGUAGGACAAUCACUAGAUGAUAAAAGGUUCACUCUGCUGAUGAAAAUUUUUAGCGUACUGUGUGGGCUAGGGAUGAUAAUUCUUGGUGUUAUGGUUUACGUUUACUUUGACGAUAUUGGAUCAUUCAUUCAAUUUAUAAUGGCGUUAUAUUAUACUCCUUUAAAAAAAUUAUUAUAAAUUCUAUAUUUAUCAUUAAAAAACGCUAUUUAUAAUAAGCGACCUUAUAUUCUGUUCGGCAUUCUAGCAAUUCUAGGUGAAUUCCCAAUACCACAUAUCACGAAAUAUUUCUCAUUCCUGAAAAAAUACUUCGGAAAAGGGCUUUAUUUCAUAUUGUAAGCUCUAUUUAGCAUGGGGACAAUUUCUUUUUCAUACUCAGAGUGGUAUCAACUUCUAAUUUCUUUACUCCCCCCAUCCUUGAUCGAACGGCUCGCCAUCGUUCGAUCAAGGAUGGGGGUUAAAAAAAAAAUGUUUACUCCCCCCCCCCUCCGUGAGCGAACAAAAAAAUUUUGUUCGCUCACGGAGGGGGGUUAAUUUUUUUUUUUAAAAAAAAAUUUAUAUAUAAAUUUUAUAAAAAAUAUUUUUUUCGAAAUUUAAAAAAAUCCUAAUUUGCAAAAAUUGGGAAGCAAAUAUUAAUUUAAUUUGCAAAAUUUAUGUUUUAAAACGCAAUUUGUUUAAAAAUUAAAACAGAAUUAGCUCUAGAUUUCAUUAUACUAAUUAUCACUUAUAUAUCAAAAUUUUUUCCAUUAAAAUUUUUUCUAUUAAAAAAAUUUUUGUUCACUCACGGAGGGUGGGUUUUUUGGUCAAAAAAUGGCGAUUUUUCUAAUGGUUUUGUUCGCUCACGGAGGGGGGGGGGGGGAGUUAGGAAAAAUAUUUUAUAUAUAAAAUAAAAUAUAUAUAUAUAUGUUUUUUUAUUUACUUUUAAAUAAGAGGGUUAAGAGUAUUUAAUAAUUAUUUUUACAGCAAAAAAUUGAAUUAAUUUCAUAAAAUACCAAUAUUUUGAUUUAUUAGUUACCCCUUUAAACUAUAUAAAUUUUUAUUUGUUCCUUAUUAAAUUAAAUUUUUUUUUUAAAAAAUUUUAAAGAAUCUCUAUUUUAUAGAUUAUUGAGCUUUUAAGCCUAGGCUAAUGACUAAAUCACUUCGGAUGGUUGAUUCCGUAGCUUUCUUUCGUCUCAAAGUCUCUGAAAACAACUUCAUUAGGUACAUCUUCCCAAGCUUUUGCUAACUAAUAUAUUUUUAUACAUAUAAAAAUUUGCAUGAUAUGAAAAUCGUUCUAAUUUCCCCAAUUUUUAGGAAUUUUUACAGUUAAUCGUUCGAUCAAGGAUGGGGGGAGUUAGCAAAUAUCAUAUUGGGGAUUAUGUACAUUGUGUUUUCUUUUAGCGUAAAAUCCAUACAGAUGAAAAAUAGAUUGAUUGAUGAAGCAGAAAAGCAUGAAGAAAAUGAGCCAGCUCGAGAAGCCGCGCCGCCAAGCCAAGUGUAA